CUUGGCCAACAUAACACCCCGGCUCUGAGCUUCGAUAAUCACUGAGCUGUUUACGGAUGAGCAGUCGUCAAGGCCAAACCAAACCAAGACACACAAAAAAAAAAAGAGCGAAACAGAAAAAGAAACAAAAAACCAGGGUCCCUGUGGCGCACAUCAUUCACUUGCCGUGGAUGCAUCAUUGGCCGGCCUCUAAGCAGUGCUCGGCACUCGGGUUCGCCCUAUGGCGUUCCAAGGGCCUUCUGAACGAAGGCCGGCUCGCAGAGUCUGUCCACCGUGUUAUUUCUUCAUUACCAUUGGAAGUACGACCAGCUACUUACUGGCCGUGGACCUCACAAUCGAGUGUCGGCGGUGGAUUUCCAUCUACACCAGCAUGUUAUUAUCUGAGCGCGAACGGUGGCACAGAUGUCAACCAAGCCAGCCGCAAUGAGUUGUACUAUUUCGCAGGCAAAACUGGACAAAAAAACCAGAUGAAAGCAAAAAGGGCUCGAAGCGAUUCUGUAUUGCACUCCGAAGCUCUGCAUUCUGCACCACAAAAGUGGAACGUCCCACUUAUUAUUCCCUACGAGCCGACCACCCAACUCCGGACUUCGCGCCCCCUCCAUAAGCCGAACGCCCUUGUCGACCAGGGCUUCUCGUCUCGCCCUUUGGAGUGAGUCGCUGGCUGAUUCUCGUUUCCAACAAAAUGACUGAUCUGAGGGCGCUGCACUCACAUCUGUACUCGGCCCUCUCCUUACGUUGUAAAUUGUAAGCCGCAAAUGCCAAGAAUGCGAGGUCCUGGUACGCGUCCAUCUCCACACCAGUGGCCUCUUGUAGCCCAAUCCAGCAGGCGUUUACAAAGACA